UGGGGGGAAGAUGGCGGACGCGGACGAGGAGUUGAUGCUGCUGAGUGUGGGCGACCUGCCCGUCCGCGGCUACGGCCUCAUGGAGGAGAUCCGCCGCCAGGGAAAGCUCUGCGACGUCACCCUCAGGGUUGGUGAUCACAAAUACAGUGCGCACCGCAUCGUGCUGGCAGCAUCCAUUCCCUACUUCCAUGCCAUGUUCACAAACGACAUGAUUGAAUGUAAGCAGGACGAGAUCGUCAUGCAGGGGAUGGACCCGAGUGCCCUGGAAGCGCUUAUUAACUUUGCCUACAACGGCCGACUGGCCAUCGACCAACAGAAUGUGCAGUCGUUGCUGAUCGGUGCCAGUUUCCUGCAACUACAGAAUGUAAAGGAUGCGUGCUGUACCUUCCUGAGAGAGAGGCUGCACCCGAAGAACUGCCUGGGUGUGCGUCAGUUUGCGGAGACGAUGAUGUGCACCGUCCUGUACGACUCGGCCAACAGUUUCAUCCACCAGCACUUUGUGGAGGUGUCCAUGUCCGAGGAGUUCCUGGCCUUGUCCUUCGAGGAAACGUUGGAACUGGUCGCCCGAGACGAGCUCAAUGUGAAGUCUGAAGAGCAGAUGUUUGAAGCUGUCCUUGCUUGGGUACGGUUUAAUCGUGAAGAUCGGGAGAGCUGCCUGCCUCAGCUGCUCAGCAAAGUACGCCUCCCCCUCUGCCGACCGCAGUUCCUCACCGACAGGGUCCAGCAGGAUGACCUUGUUCGGUGCUGUCACAAGUGCAGGGAUCUUGUUGACGAGGCCAAGGACUACCACCUAAUGCCGGAGCGCAGGCCGCACCUGCCGUCCUUCAAGACACGGCCACGAUGCUGCACUUCCAUCGCUGGCUUGAUCUACGCCGUGGGAGGUCUCAACUCUGCUGGCGACUCCUUGAACGUGGCGGAGGUGUUCGACCCGAUCGCCAACCACUGGGAGCGUUGUCAGGAGAUGGUGACGUCACGGAGCCGGGUCGGCGUGGCCAUGGUCAACGGCCUCUUGUACGCAAUAGGCGGCUUUGACGGGCAGUCGAGGUUGAGCACGGUGGAAGUCUACAAUCCCGAGGCGGACACCUGGACCAAAGUGGCCAGCAUGAACAGUAAGCGCAGUGCGAUGGGGACAGCCGUGAUGGACGGGCACAUCUACGUCUGUGGCGGCUACGACGGCAUUGCCUCCCUCAAUUCCGUAGAGUGCUACACCCCGGAAUCUGACAAAUGGGUAAACGUGACUCCAAUGAGUGCCUGUCGUAGUGCAGCAGGAGUCACCGUCUUUGAGGGGAGGAUCUAUGUAUCUGGAGGGCACGACGGGCUGCAGAUAUUUAACACGGUGGAAUGCUACAACCACCACACCACCAUCUGGUACGCGGCUGCCAACAUGCUGAACAAGCGCUGCCGCCACGGGGCCGCGUCCCUGGGCAGCCAGAUGUACGCGUGCGGCGGCUACGAUGGCUCGGGGUUCCUCAGCAUCGUGGAGGUGUACAGCUCCCCCUCGGACCAGUGGUGCCCCCUGGUGCCCAUGAACACCCGCCGCAGCCGGGUCUCCCUGGUGUCCAACUGCGGCCGCCUCUACGCCAUCGGCGGCUACGACGGCCAGUACAACCUCAACUCCAUGGAGAUGUACGACGCCGAGACCAACCGCUGGACGUUCAUGGCCCCCAUGGUGUGCCACGAGGGAGGGGUCGGCGUGGGGUGCAUACCCCUCCUCAGCGCAUAAUCUUCCCCCGUCCCCCGGACUCUCUACUUCAGCACUCGGCAGCUGUGUCAAAUCAACGCAACAUCCGUGGGCUGGCGGCUGUCCUUCCACCGUUACGGCAAACUCACCACAAAGACUGGUCAAUGUUACUUGUUCUUACUGGUCAUCAGUGUUCAGUCUGCAGCCAUCCAUUUAGAUCAAAUAAUAAAUCCCCCACAGAUCUCGAUUUUUAAAAAAAGAUAUCCAAAUAUUAACUUAUUAUUAAAACAAAAAUUCACUCGUUAAUCAAAGGCAGAGCAUCUGUAAAAUCCUCAAACUAGAUGGACACAGAGUGCUGGAGUAACUCAGCGGGUCAGGCAGCAUCUGUGGAGAACAUGGAUAGGUGACGUUUCACAGAGUGCUGGAGUAACUCUGCGGGUCAGGCAGCAUCUGUGGAG